GGACCUGAAGGCAGUGCAUACAGAAGACGGACGGGGUGCGCCGUGUGUGUUAUAAGCUAUACUGAGAAAGAGAGUGCACAAGCUGAUGAAAAAUAAUAAGUGAUUUACUACAUUUCCUUGAUGGUGGAUUCGGUCGACUCCUGGCAGUAGGAAACAAAAAAUCAAAAUCCCCUGCGUGCGUGCCAUUUACUGCUUGACUUGACUUCGGAGACCGUGUUUUCCCGAAAGUAAAAGUGCGACAAGCUGCCGCGGGCCAAGUGAAAAGAGUUUUCGCGAUAAUAGUUUUCCCCUGCUUGUAACAAAGUGUGUGUGAUUCGGGAAAAAGAUUUGCGUCUCUUGGCGAAAAACAAAACUGCGUUUUCUUCUGCGGGCCAUUUCCCCACCCAGGUUCCAGUAGCUGGUAUUUGUGGGGAGUAUUCGGAGGGACACUCUGGAGGAGUCCCGUGCAAGACAUCCUAAGGGAAUCGCCUUCAUUUUGGGGAAACCGCGAGCAAGAGGGAUGAGUAAGGUUUAUUGAUUUGCCCUGGCCGUGCAAAGUGCAGAGCAAGAAAAAAGUGUAUAUUUUGUUUCGCUUCGCCUCGUCGCCACCACCGCCAGCACCACCGUAGAAGGAAAAGAGAAUCGUUUUUCCUGAGUUGGGUCGGAAAAUCUGGAACAGAAAUGUCAACCUGGAGAAAAGCCUGAUUCAGAUUGAUUCGAGACCAAAGGUGCAAAUUUCUGCGAGUAGAUCGAAACAAACGUAGCUGGCUCGAGUUUUAAGCUUUCGAGCGAGCAUUGUCUGUGUAGAGCAGGAAAAGUGAAAAUUUUCCCGGAGGAGAAGAAAAUUGCAUCGAGUGGAAGGAAAGGAAAUUGCUGCCUAGAAGAAAAUAAAAUCCGAUGCACGAAUAAUGUUGAAUCAUUGAAGAUUGCGAAAAAUUAUUAGUGUUUUUAUGUGCAAUUGUUGCAAUAUUUAAUGUAAUUUAGUGUAAAAUAAGCUUAAAGUGUCUCACUAGAAAUAAAAGUGUGUUCAGUGUUGCAAAAGUGAAACGUAGAAAAAAGGAAGUGCUGGUUCCACACCCCCGAGAGGAAACCAUCGUCUCACCAUGGAACUGGUUGGGAACUUUGAGUACAACAGCAAGGACCUGAUAGGGCAUGGAGCGUUCGCCGUGGUCUUCAAGGGCCGCCACCGGGAGAAACUUUUCCCCGUUGCGAUUAAAAGUAUCACGAAGAAAAGCCUCGCCAAAUCUCAGAGUCUGCUCGGCAAGGAAAUCAAGAUUCUGCGAGAGCUGAGUGCGCUGCAUCACGAAAACGUCGUCACACUGCUGGCCUGCACCGAGAAGGACCACAACGUUUACCUGGUGAUGGAGUACUGCAACGGCGGUGAUUUAGCGGAUUAUCUGGCCGUGAAAGGAACACUCAGCGAGGACACGAUACGACUGUUUUUAUGUCAAUUAGCAAGUGCAAUGAAGGCAUUAUAUGCAGUCGGCGUCGUCCAUCGGGAUCUCAAACCACAGAACAUUCUACUGUCCCACGGUUGUGGGAAACAUCUUCCAGCACCCGCAAAAAUCACACUCAAAAUAGCCGACUUUGGUUUCGCCCGGUUUCUUCAGGACGGAAAUAUGGCGGCAACCCUUUGCGGGUCCCCUAUGUAUAUGGCACCAGAAGUGAUUAUGUCACUGCAGUAUGACGCAAAGGCGGACCUUUGGUCACUUGGGACCAUCGUUUUCCAGUGCCUAACCGGAAAGGCACCAUUCCAGGCCCAAACACCACAGGAGCUGAAGAUGUUCUACGAGAAGAAUGCCAAUCUAGCUCCAAAGAUCCCCCCUGGUACGUCGAAAGAGCUAACUGACCUGCUGAUGGGACUGCUGCGACGGAACGCCAAAGAACGAAUGACCUUCGAUAUGUUCUUCAUCCAUGCCUUCCUGCAGCGACAGACGACACCGCAGAAUAGCGAAAUUCCACAAUCCUCAGCCGGACCACAUACCACAGCGGGUAAAGUCACUAGUCCUCAUCAGAAAACGGCCAUGUCACCGCUGCAACAGCAGCAGCAGCAGCACCUGCAGCAACAGCUACUGUCACGACAGCAGCAGCAAAUACAGCAACAACAACAGCAACAACAGCAGCAGCAACAACUACUACUACAGAAACAGCAGCAGCAGCAGCAGGAACAGCAGAAGCAACAGACGCUGGAAAACAAUAAUGUGCCACUUGAGAUCGACGACAGUGUUGCCACGAUCGGUAGCGCUAACAACACACCCAACAGCAGUCAGGAUAAUUCGGAUGACUUUGUGCUAGUACCAAACAAUCUACCGGUAGAUCCAUGCAGUGGAAAUUAUGAUAAGAGUAAACCAACUAGAGUGCCUCAAACAGCUACAAACGCUCAGGCGAGUCCACCGAGACCCAGCACGCUGCCGAUCUCGGAGCCGAAGCCCGUCCCGACGGCAGCUAGAAAGAUUUCUCGACAGCAAAGUCAGACGCCACCAAAGAACAUCCCCAAUGCAAUACCUCGAUCUCAGCCGAUCAGCAUGAAGCGAUCCGAGCAUCGAAACAGUAAUUGUGAUAUUAGCUCAAUAUCGCCGCCGGCAGUGCAAUUCGCAAUCGGUACUCCUCCCACAGGCAGCCGCCGACGAUCAACGUCGGGUGGAUCUCUGUCGGAAACGCCUCCUCCGCCGUCCUGCUGGACGGUGAGUCCAGCGUCACAUCAUUCACCUCUGCGUCGCUCCGGCACCAGUUCGCCAGUAUUAUCAAAUGCCCUAUCGAAGCUUCCAGCCCUAGGUAGCCCAACGCUGAUGACCAACGACAACAACAAUACUCAUCCGUUGGGAACCAGGGCUUUCACUCUACCGGAAAUGGGGGCAACCGCUGGACUGCAGAGUUACUUACAUGAUAAUAAUCUGGACGAUCAUCCGAUCAACUUCCAUGCACCGGAACUGCCAGCUGAAACGCUGAUGGACCGCGAACACAAUGAAACCCUAGCGAAGCUAAACUUCGUCAUCGCCCUAACGGACUGCAUCCUAGAGGUGGCGGAUUCCCGUUGUGCACCACUGUCGGCACUAAUGUCAGCCGAUGCUCAACCGAUUGCACCGCACGCGCCAGAGCACUGCAAACGAGCCGAACGACUGGUUCUGCUGGUACGGGCUCUCAAUCUUCUCUCGUCCGGUAUGCAUCUGGCGUCGUCCCAACUACAGAGUGGACACCUGAAGCCAUCGGACACGGUGAAGAAUGUACUUUCGAUGAUGCACACGCGAUACCGGUCGACUCUGUGCGAAUCGAAGAAGCUGAACGGAACGGGACUGCUGCAACGGGCCGGGGCUAGCAAUAUUACCGCUGAUAAGAUUCUGUACGACCAUGCGAUACAAAUGUGCCAAUCGGCCGCCCUGGACGAGCUGUUCGGUAACCCGGAGGAUUGCUUCACCCGGUACCAGUCGGCACAGAUUCUGCUUCACUCGCUGGCGCAGAAGUGCAGUCACCCCCAGGACAAGAUGCUCCUAUCGAAAUACAAAGACGCCGUCGAGAAGCGGCUGUACAUCCUCCAGCAGCAGGGUUACAUCUACGCGACCGAUGAGCUGUCCUGAACCAGCGCCCUGCAGACGCUCAGGAGACGGCUGUCGAAAAUCUUCUGACUAGAUACUUCUGGGACUGCUGCUAUUGCUCCUGCGUGGGCGGUCUGAAUCAUCGUUAUCAUCUAUGUAAGCAGAAUAAGAAAGAUAAGAAGAAUGGAACGCAUGCCACGCGUUCGCGGGUGACGAAUGAACUGCGGUUGCUGAACGGGAUGAAUGAGUGCGGAAUAAGGCGUGAUCGUGAGCUCGAAUGUUUGAAUGGAAAAUGAAUACCGAACUCGAAGAGAAGCCCAUCUACAACUCCCACUCGGUAUCGGUGAGAUUUAUGUUUUUUUUCUAUAGGCUUAUUUAUUCGUAUAUUUUAUUUUUGCAAUCAUCAUUGGAAGAAAGUUUUCGGAAGCGCUGUCGCUUUUCUUUUCCCAGCGAACGGCUGUAAAUACAAUCAAGGUAGCUUUUUUGAAGAGUAGGAUCAGCAAAAUUAAAAUUUACUAAAGUUUUGGCCAUUCUAGAUGAAGCCGUAAAGUAGUUGAACGAUUGUUAAAUGCAAUUCUAUGGAACGCUUUCGUAUGUUGUUAUGUCGAUGAAUUAUGAAAACCUAUCUGAAGCAAAUUAUAUGCAUAGCUUUUGUAAAUAUACGCAACAGUUGUACUCACGAAAAUGUACAUAGGUUGCACCAAAAUCAAGGCGAAAGGCUUCUGUAUGAUUCGCUGCAUCUGAUGUGUGCAUGCUUGUUUAUCAGCUAAUAACAUCGCAUUCAUAUCUAGAGCGCAGUAACGUGCUUGUUUUUCGGUGGUAUCAGAAGUUUAUUUUCAAGCCGUCAUCGAAAUUUACUUGACACGCUUCCUAGCUUCGCCAAUGAUGACGACGAGUUUGCUAAAUUUACAACAAUAUUGCAAUUCUUAACUGGGUGAAGAUUUCCUUCAACCGAUCAACGCUUUGACGUAAAUACCGUGGUAAAUACUCCAACUUGAUAGGGUUGAAGAUUUCACUCGUCUGAAACGACUCGUCAGCCAGAGAGGUCUUUUUAUACGUACAACAAUCGAGAUGUGUGGGAAUACAGUUGAGCAACUGCACCUGCUCAAAUACGAUCCACAUAACGGAGGCGUUUCAGUUGUUCCCAAUUUCAAAGACGCAACACGAAAAAAGUUCAAAUAUUGAUAAUAUAAAGAACAUCAUUCUAUUUUCGGUAUAAAUCCUUUGUGAAUUUAUGGAGCAAAAGCCUAGAUGAAAUGUAUUCAAUAGUAUCAAUAUUUGGAUCAAUCAAAAGAAGCAUCUCGAACCAGACAUGUCUCAAUUUUACGCUGUGGCUAGGUUCCUAUUUCGUUCCAAGCAGUUUUAGUUCCACUGAUCCAUCACGUGAGUGUGAUAUAGGGAGAAAGGCAUAACCAUACCAAUAUGAUAAAGUAAAACGUAGUACCUAAGUACAAAAAAAUAACUAACAAACAAACUCCCCCAAGAAAUAACGAACUAGCAAAUCUGAAUAAACCUAACCCUUUAACUGAGCUGGGUGUUUGUCUACGAUGUUACAUCUCCGGGAGUGACCUUUGUAAUACUCUCGUUAGAUAGCAGUAAGAUCAAGGACACCACAGCUGGAUUCUAUGAAGGACGCAAGCAAAAAAGGCUCCGGAUAGCAUAACGCGUAAGCUAUCCGAUACACAGUUCUGAGUUGAAGUCUUCUUAAAAGGCAAAAACACAUACAUACACAUAAUGUUAGAGGUAAACUACCAUCGGGUCAGUGACAAUGAACAUACAUACUAUCUUAAAUAAAGGGGAGAUAAGCUACUCAGAAAUCGCCACAACUGUUUGAUUAAAUAAAAACAAGGCGUAGAUUUCUAACCAUGAAAUACAGCAAAAGCUAGUGGAUAAUGAGAAGAACAAGUAAAUAAUGGAAAAGAUAACCCAAUAUUAUUAUGAACAAAUCAGAAAAGAAAACAAACAAACUCAAACCAUAUGUUAGCGGAAAAA